AGUGUGAGUGGGCUAGUGUUGGCUGGUGUGUGGUGUGGGCGGCCGCCUCACGUGUCAGGGGUAGACCAUCUGUGUUACCCUCCCAUGAGUAGCCGAAAGUGUACCGCUACUUCCCUCUAGUUUAAAUUGAACUGCUACUUUCCCUCUUAGUGUAAAGUGAACCACUACUUCCCCCUGUGAGUGAGCGCCACUUCCCAUAAAGAGUAGCCCUUAACACCUUGGAUUACGUCAAGAACCAUCGACAUCUCCCUCCUCACACAGCGCCACCCAGCAUCUACCUCCCCUGUCUCUCUUGCUUGUUCCUAUCUUUCUCUUGUCAGUCUCCUCUCUUGCGUCUCUUUUCUCUCUCUUGUCUGUCUCCCUCCUUUCUCUUUCUCUCUACCAUCUUGGAACACAUUCCGGCCGCUUGGUGGUGGUGGUGGUGGUGGUGGUGCUGUUACUGCUCCCGCGCCUGCUUCUGCUGCUUCUACUGCCGUCGUCACCGCUACUGCUGGUGCCCCACGUCCAGGAGGACAUAUUGAAUGGUGUGGGCGGCACGGGCGGCAUGGAGGGCGCGGGUGGGCGGGCGGCCAUCAAGGUGGGCGGCACAACAGGGAGCUCAACCACAUCCAGAGGCUCCUCUAGCAGCGGCUCCUCCGGCCAAGGAGUGGGCUGCGGCGUGGUUGGGGUGGCGAUGACGUCGGCGGGGUUGACAUCGUCGACGCAGACCCUGGCGGUGACGUCGACGCCGCGGUCUCUCUCCCUGGCGUCUAUUUCGUCAGACGGCAGCAGCGACAGUCACCUGGUGGAGAGGGAGGACAUCGUCGCCCUCACUACUGCUGUCAGGGCCUUCAAGGAGGCCCUCGGCAAGCUGAAGAGGAUCUUCCACCCGGAGAGAGACAAGAACGAGACCUUACGAGUGGCCGCCCACGAACGUCUCGGGGAGGUGUUGAGGAUCUUGAGGUCUAUCUUAGAGAAAUACAGCCCCAUACAACACAAUGAGCUCCUCGCUGCUGCCUCUCACCUCAUAUCACACGUUAAUGGGUUCAGCUAUGAGGAUGAACAGGCAGACCCCACCGCCUUCCUGGAGGCUAUCGACCAGCUCGCCCUCGCCUUCUCCAGCAGGGUAUCGGAGUAUCUUAUGGGAGACAUCGACAGUUCUUCAGCUAUCCUUAACUGCUCUACCGCCUCCUCCAGGAACAAGUCUUGUGAGAACUUGGUGAGCAGCGACGGAGAGAGCACCACCGGGGAGCGAGGCGGCAUAGCUGGCGCUGAGGGAGGGUGUUUGGACCCCGGCCUGAAGGAACCAGAGGUACUCACACCCCAGCAGAUUGAUGAGUACCUUCACCGCCAUGAGCAGGGUGUGGAGUACGCGCUGCACCGUGCCAAGGUGUGGAGUAAGUACGCUAAGGACGUGAUGACGUAUAUAGAGAAGCGCGCCCAGAUGGACCUUGAGUACGCCAGGAACCUCACCAAGCUGGCGCACACAGUCAGACCUGCGCUCAAGGAGGAGAGCUUCCUGCCCUUCCAGUCUAUAUACUGCACGGCGCUGGACCAAGACAUAGAGAACACCUCCCAGCUGAGUCAGACCUGUAUCCUCCUCCAGACCCACAAGUUUAUUGAGCCCUUGACAACAAGGAGAAAUGAACACGAGAGAUCACGGAAAGUCAUCAAGGAGUCUUGGCAUAAAGAACUGAAGAGGGUCACUGAGGCCGUGUCCAACCUUAAGAAAUCCAAAGUUACUUACGUCCAGCGUCACCAGGAGUUGAUGAAGAUGAGGGAACUAUUAUCAAGAGCAGAAUACACAGAAGGACUGGAAAAACUAGAAAGAAAGCGGGAUGAGGCCUACCAAAAGGCGAAGGAGGCAGAGACCUGGUACAAGACGUGUGUCGCCGAUGCUAAUGAGCGCCACGCCUCCCUCCUCAAGGUCAAGCGUGAGGUGCUUGUACAGGCGCGCGAGCUCAUCCUUCAGUGUGACCAAACCAUGAAGGCAGUUACUGUCGGCUACUUCCAGCUCCAACACACCGUGGCCGCCCCGGCCCCUGUACAGCUUCAGACACUCUGUGAGAGCUCAAGGCUAUAUGAGCCGGGGUCUCAAUAUAUGGAAUUUGUGAAGCGACUCGGUCCUUCGCUCGGUCAGGAGCAACCGGAGACGCCCUUCACCUUCCAGCCGUACACACCGGGCACCCAGGACCCACCCAACCAUGACCCUACCGCUAAUGGCUCCAUGACCUCCACCGAUGACCUCCAAGUGGGUGGGGUUGGUGGCCACGGGGGCAGUGAUACGGACAGUGUGGGUUCGUCACAUUCGGCCAAGAGUGUGGACGCCUCGCCCACGGCCUCGCCUCUCGCCCCAGCUCGACGCACUCACACCAUCUCUUCCGGGGAUGAGUUGGAGACUGACCCUGACACUGCGGACGCCCACUACAAUUACGGCGCCGCCAGACGUCAGGUGAUGAGCAAGGCUGCCGUCACCCACACCUUCAGGAAGCUCAAGACGCCCUCGAGGUGUCGGGAGUGUGAUUCCUACGUCUACUUUCACGGCUACGAGUGUGCUGAGUGUGGUCUAGGGUGUCAUAAAAAGUGCCUGGAGACACUAGCCAUACAGUGUGGUCACAAGAGACUGCCCCGGAAGAUGACAACCUUUGGGGUGGACUUGGCGCAGCACCUGUGUGAGACGAACACAUCCAUACCUCAUCUGGUGGUCAAGUGUGUGGCUGAGAUUGAUGCUCGAGGUACCAAAAUCAAGGGCAUCUACCGGGUGUCGGGCGUCAAGAGCCGGGUGGAGAAGUUAUGUCAGGCCUUUGAGAAUGGCGCCAACCUCGUCGAUCUCACCGACCAACACCCAAAUGUGAUCGCCAACGUCCUCAAGCUCUACCUCCGUCAGCUGCCAGAGCCCCUCCUCACCUUCAGGCUCUACCCAGAGUUUAUCAGGAUUGCCAAGGAGUGUCCCACAGGAGGCGAGUGUGGCCGCACGACAGAGGACCUGAGAGACCUAGUGCGUCGACUGCCUCGCCACCACUUCACCUGCCUGGCUCUCCUCAUGCAUCACCUGCACCGUGUCACCUUACAUGCUCACCUCAACAACAUGCCUUCCUCCAAUCUAGGUAUUGUGUUUGGACCAACGUUGCUACGGACAUCAGAAGGCUCGGCGUCCCUCAGUUCAUUGGUCGACACUGUACACCAGACUCGGGCCAUUGAACUGCUUAUUAUGUUCGCCAAUGAGAUCUUCGGCCAGCCAGAGCACUACCAGGUACCUGCGUCAGCUCGCUCCUUAGAUGAGGUUCUCAAGGCUCCAACACCAAGCAGACAGACGAGCGUUCACACCAGCAGCAGUAGUGGGGUGGUCAACGUGGCUAUCUCCGGCUACAAGCGACCGCCUUCCGAAAUGGUGGGUCUGGCAGAGGACUCCCCAUCCACACCCACCCCCACCCCCACCCACCCAACGCCCACACCCCCACCACACCACCAUGCCCCGAAGGAGAGAAAAGACUCUGAUGUAUUAGAGGAGGACUGGGAUUGCGAGAAUUGGGAAGAGUCGGGGACAGAGGGAGGUGGAGUGAGCGAUGUGGUCAGUAGUGGUCCACGGGGGUCGUCUACCAGGUCCACCACGGCCCACGCCAAAAUAUACAAGACUUCCCUGAGAGAUUAUGUCGGCCUGGAAGGGGUGGCGCUACACAUGUCAACGGGGUUACACACGGCCCAGGAUGCGGUGGACGUGGUGCACCAGAAGCUGAGGAAGACUGUGAGUGACAUCUCCUCCUCCUUGCGGCCCCCCACCACCCACGACCUGCCCCGGAGAGCCACCAUAGAUGAGGCCACCAGAAGAGGGCCCCAGGAGGAUGACAGGAAACACCACGACCAUCCUGCCAGAAGAAAAGCCCCAGAAGACCCACAUAGAAGACACAUCUCUGAAGACCUGAGAAGAAAGGCCACAUCAGAGGAAGUUGGGAGAAAGUCAACGACGGAGGAGUUGACAAGAAGAGGAGAGGACGAUAGAUUGAGUCAGCAGGAGGAUCGACCUCGACAACCACAGAGCACUUCAGGCGCCAUGUUGGCUAGGGCUCAGGCGCUUUAUAAGAGUGCCUCUAAGGGCAGCAUGAGCGAGACCGAGCUUAAGGUGGAGGUCCGGGCGUCGUCAGGGGUUAACAAAGGUGAGAGUCGUGAUGCCAGUAGCCAGGACCUUGGCACCUCCACCAGCAGCGUCCCCAUCCCCGGCACCCGCAGAGUGUCACCUCACUUGGGUCAUCGCCCCAGUCUAGGUCAAAAAUCAGGGUUGACCAGUGGCACAGACUCCUCAAUAGACUCUGACCACAGCUACGACUAUGGUCACCACACACAUGCCCUCACCCCCUCCGCUACCCACACUUCCACUCCCAUCUUGCCUCCCCGAGGACGGAGCGAGUUGGCGACGAGCGGGGCCUCCAGGGGCGUGUCUGUGUCACGGGACCCCUCGCUGGACAAUGUGACCUCGUCGGUGACUUCGUCGGACUCAUCGUCUCAGGAGGUAGACUCAGCCCAUGCCACAGAGGACUCUCACAGCUCUGAAGCCGCUGAUGAACCUGACACUGCCCGCACCAUCACCUACUCCUCCGGUUGUGGUGGCAGCAGCGGCGGGGAGUCCGGCUACGUGUCUCCCUACCUGAGCACCGAACGAGGCGGCCUGGUCACCCUCGGCCCCUCCUUGCUCCUCACCAGGUCCACCAUCGCCCAAUACGACACCAAGCGCACCAUCACUACUGUCGUUGCUCCCAGGUCCUCCUUUGACGAGAACCGCGUUAGGAUACAGGUGCCUGCCGCUGUGGGCGGAGGUGCUAGUAGAGGGCCAACGGCAGUGGCGGCAGCCACAUCGGCUGUUAACAUUGGUGCAGAGGCGACAGUUAGGGUGUCCAUGCCAGGACAGCAGCAGCAGGGGGUCAGUGAGGGUGUUGAGGGGUUACCCAGUGAGGGGCGAGCAUCACCUUUAUAUACUCUCAGGAGCAGUGAAGCUGAGGUGUCCUCCCUCAGACGCCUGCACCCUGACACUCGUGUCCCAGGGCCUCCCCAGAGCCCUGCGUCGGAUAGCCUUCAGGAGCACCCGAGAAAACCCUCUCCCAACAGAUCCCCGAGGUUCGUGUAGCGGCGGACCCGAACCUGUCUACUGUGUCGUGUACACCAGUCGGUGUAAGACCGGGCAGAUGUCAGUAGUACGGCCAGAGUACGGCGGCAUGCAGGCAACUCGGUCAGAUUAAAGGAAUCAGUUGACAGACAGAGACCAGUCGUCCAGGCAGUCUUAACUAUUGUGUGAGCGUCAGCUGUUCAACUCAACUUUAGGAUAAGCUUAACAUGAGCUGUUCAGUAAGUGUCAGUCAAGUACAUGCAUCAGUUGUUGGUGUAGUACAAGUCACCAGUGAGGAGUAACACACCAACAUGCACUGUAGUUAUUAGUACUAGUCACCAAAUUGGUACACUGUAGAUAAGUAGACUACUGUAUUAUCACUACAAGUUGUAGAGAAGAAGGACCCGACAACUUUAGCACCUGAGCAAGUUAACAUCUUGUCUCAGAUAACUUGUGUGUUUUCUUCUCUUCCAGCAACUUUUGCACCAGAAACAUUUUGUCAUGGAAUAUUUUGCUCUGGAACUACAAUUAUAUACAGAUAAGCUAUUUUGCCAUGACUUUCUUUUAAAAUCAACGAAACCUAACGUAACCCUCAUGUAGUAUCUUGUAGUUAAGAUAGCAGUAGUUUUAGUAUACAGUAGUAGUAGUAGUAUACAGUAGUGGUAGUAUACAGUAGAAGUAGUAAUUUUACAUGGCAAGGGUGUGUGGGGGGGGGGGGAAUACCACAAUAUUCACUUGGUCAAAAGUUUGUGAGGUGUUUUAUCACAUUUGUUGCUGAAUGAUUGAUUGCCGGCAUGACUGUCCUGUUUACCUUGUGUGUCUAUGGUAUCGUCAGUUUACAUGAUUCAUGGUUUACUAGUUUAUGAAUGGUAAACUACUAAUAGGAAGUUUAUAUGAUCCAUGGUUUACUAUUUUGUGAAGGGUAAACUAUCAAUAGUACAUCGUUUAUGGUGUGACUGGGUGGUUUAGUGGUAAAAGGUACUGCACUAUGACCUUUCUGAGGCUGGUUCCUUUCCUAUCAUAGGCCACAUAGUUUCCACAUUAUUAGCAGUUGUUAAUAACACCUUGUGUAUUAGUGGAACACACUAUGUAUAGGUGAUACAGCGAAACCUCUAUUUGAUGGACUAUAUGGAGAGGAAAGUCCAUUAUAUCAAGGGUUUGUCAGAUGUAAACUCUCCGCCUAAUGAACUACAUAGAGAUGAAGGUUUGUUAUAUUGGGGGUCCAUUGGAUAUGUAACCCCCAUCUAUAUGGAGAUAGAGGUCUGUUAUCAUACUCCGGGGGUGGGCCAGGUCUCUCUCCUCUUCCUCGUAUAUAGAGUUUAUAUAUAGGAAAGGAGGCAUCACAGGCCAUAGGAGAUGUAGACUGUCACCCCCUCUUGUUAAAUUGGGCCUGAGGAACAUGCCAGUGCAGUGUGGGUUUGUGGUCAGGUGUGUGAGUGUUGACUGUAGUGUUUGUCGGUGAAUGUGUGGCAUUCCAAGUGUAGGUUAGGUUAGGUCAGGUCUACAAGCUCGACAAGACAGUUAAAUCCUUGUCCUGUAUCUCACUUGUUUUUAUUUUAUAUAUUGGAUGACCCUGUGUGACCUGUUGCUUGGUGCCACUAUUGACCUGACCUCAUGACCUCUUUGAAAGUGGUGAUGACCUUUGAGAGAUAUCACACUCACUCUCCAACAAUUUCUUCUCCCUCACAACCCUCACUCUUCAACAAUAGCUUCUCUCUCACUCUGUCCAAUAACAACUUCUCCCUCACACUCCAACAGCUUCUCUCUCACUCUCUCCAACAACAACUUCUCCCUCACACUCUAACAACAGCUUUUCCCUCACACUCUCCAAGAACUCCUCCGUCAGUCUUGUGGUCACCAUCCAACAAUAGUCUGUACACUCGGUGAAGCGAGGAUAUAAACAGGACAUUGUUCCACACACUUCCCAGUGACUGGUCAAAGGGUGAACUCCAACAGCAUAUAAGGUCCAUCCUACAGCACUGUAUCGGGUGUGUUGUAUCUGGGUCUAUCUCUGGGACCUGUCGGCAUGUUAGGUUGUUAAAAUUACCGGCUGUAUCUCUGCUGUGUCAACAACUUUAUUCUGACCAAAACAAUUGUAAAAGCUGUGAACCAAAACUUGGCGUGUGUAGUUCUCUGCCACGCUGACCAGACACGAUGUGUAGGGAUUCCCGUUGAGCACCGAACCUGUGUAUGUACUGACAAUAAGUCGACCACAGAGGUGUACAUUUAAGUAAACACUACGACUGUGUACAUAAAUCCAAGUGUAAACUAUAAGUCAUUGUAAUAAUGAUAAAGAAGAAAUGUUCAUGUACAUACCUGAUGCCAAGUGGGUUAAGUCGUGCCUUAUGUGACAGUAAUGUGUUUGUUGUAUCACAUGAGAUGAAGUGAAGGUCUGGGCCUUAGUGCAGGCAGUUGUGCUCGAGUGGUGGGUCAGGCGAGCUGCAGUCCUGAUACCUCCCACUCCCACCAGGCUACAACCUAACCUGAUCUGACCUACCCUACCCUAACCAGUCUGACCUACAACCUAACUGAACCUCAUCUGACCUGCCCUAACCCACCCUACCCUAACCCGGUCUAACCUACAACCUAACCUAGCCUACAUUUACCCUAACCUCACCUGAUCUGACCUACCUUACUUAACCUAACCACUAGGACUGCUGCCCAAUUCUAAUACGACCUAAUUCAAGUCGGUAGAUUAUUGGAACUGUCGAGUUAUUUACUGUAUCCCGAAUAUCUAUCUAGUGGUUAGGUUAGUUUACAGUUUAUUAGGUUAGAUUAGUUUAGGUUAGGUUAGGGCCCAAUGAGACAAGGGCUUAUUAGGACUGGGGCCCAUCUGACCUGUGAGCAAAUAUCUCGCUCCACCAUCAGUGCUGUACAGUAAUUUUCUUAUUUUUCUUAAAGAAUUUUGUAUCGUAAAUUCCAGAUUGGUGAAAAAUUCUCACUAAGGAUAACUCAGUAAUAUCGUUCUAUGGAUAUCUUUUUUAAUGGAUAAUUAUAUACAUUUGUUGCACUCGGUUAAUUUUAAAACACAAAAAUUAUUUAUAUGUGAUGCUUAAAAAAAGUCCAAUUCAUAAUUUUUUAUAUAUUUAAUAUUUUGUAAGAGGUGAUGUUUUGGUGACUGUUCCUUGCUGAGCUGGGUGGGGGGUGGGAAGAGGUGGGAGAGGGAGAAUGUGGUAGGAGUGUGAGGCAGGAUAAGGGAAGAGAGAGGGUAGAGAGGAGAAUGAGUAAGGAUAGGGAGUAUGGAUGGGGAGGAAGAGUAAGCAUGAAAGAGGUGGAGUAAGGGAGAAGGAAGUGAGGGAGGAGGAGUAAUAAUGGUACAGUAGUAAAGUUGAAGGAGUAGAGGUGCUUCAAGAUCAAUCACAACCAUUGCCGGAAACUAAUAAUUUAUCACACACUACGGUCUUGAUGAGGCUCCCUUCAGACGAGUGAGCAAGAGAGGCAGCCUAGAAGGGAGGGGGAGAGGCAGGCAGGGAGGGGGAGAGGCAGAGAGGGAGGGGGAGCCAGUAGUCGUCUGCACUUCUAUAUGAUGUCUCAUAUAUUUAGCAUCCAUGUAUAUUGUAUAUAUAUAAGAGGGAAAAUAAAUGUAAA